UCCGGGCUGAUAACAAGGGCCGUUGAUGGCCGCAGAUUUUCACUAAAAUAUAUUAGUUUAAUGAAUACAUUGGCACCAUAGCCUUGAUGUUUUGGGAGUGAUAUGAUGACAAAGCCAGCAAAUGAGUUUGGUGUAUUGACGAAAUUCUUCCAAGAGACGCGGGAAUAGCGGAUGAUAAAGAGGUGAGCUGACUCUUCAACCGAGCUGUGUCUGUCAGUCCAUCCAUCAAGCGGAUCUACCUGAGGAACCACCUGUGAAUGAGAAGGAACACAACCAGGUUUCGAAGGAAGUGUUGGGGUGUAUCCCUCACCCUUCUGCCCCACCCACCUCAACUCAGACUCCACCCUGUGACCCUUGACCCCUGACAUCCAAGAUGAAACUAAAAGAGGACAUGAACCCGCUGCUGCUGCAGGUCUUCCGCUCGGUUGUCUGGGUCUACUCUGUCAUCACCUUCCUGCCCUGGUACCUGCUCUCGGGCGCUGGAGCCAACCUAGACCGGGCACGGCGGGUCAAGGCACGGUCAGUGAGCGGUCGUCCGGCGGGCCCUUACCGGGCGACCAACCGUGAGGAUGGAAGCCAGCUGAAGCUGGUGUCUUCCUUGCACCCAGGAGUGGACACCCUGGACAAGGUGAUGGAGCACGGGGCGGCCAGGUUCCCAGAGAGGAACUGCCUGGGCACGAGAGAGGUGCUGAGCGAGGAGGACGAGCUCCAACCCAACGGGAAGGUCUUCAAGAAGGUGAUCCUGGGGGAGUAUCAGUGGAUGUCGUACGAGGAGACCUACCAGUCAGCAGUGUGUUUUGGCAGUGGGCUGGCAGCGCUGGGCCAGAGGCCUCAGUGUAACAUUGCCAUCUUCUGUGAGACCAGGGCUGAGUGGAUGAUAGCAGCACAGGCCUGCUUCAUAUACAACUUCCCAUUGGUGACGUUGUACUCUACUCUGGGCGGAGCGGCCAUUGCCCACGGUCUGAACGAGACUGAGAUCACCCACAUCAUCACCAGCAAAGACCUGCUACACAGCCGUCUCAAGGCCAUUCUGUUGGAGGUGCCUCGGCUGCAGCACAUCAUCGUGGUGGACAGUAAGCCAACCAGUUGGCCCGGCUUCCCCCGUGGCAUCAUGGUCCACAACAUGGACGCCGUGCAGGAGCUGGGCUCCAGACCUGACAACAUGGCGGUGGUGCGCCGGCAGCCCCUGCCCUCUGACAUCGCUGUCAUCAUGUACACCAGCGGCUCCACGGGCAUCCCCAAGGGCGUCAUGAUCUCCCAUAGCAACAUCAUCGCGGGCGUCACAGGCAUGGCAGAGCGCAUCCCAGACCUGGAUGAGACAGACACCUACAUUGGGUACCUACCACUGGCCCAUGUUCUGGAGCUGAGUGCAGAGAUGGUGUGUAUCGCUCACGGCUGCUGCAUCGGAUACUCCUCCCCACUGACGCUAGCAGACCAGUCGACUAAGAUUAAGAAGGGCAGUAAAGGAGACACCAGUGUUCUAAAACCUACACUCAUGGCUGCUGUACCGGAGAUCAUGGAUCGUAUCUAUAAGAAUGUGAUGACCAAGGUGGAGGAGAUGAGCAGUGUGCAGAGAACCCUGUUUGUGUUGGCCUACAACUAUAAGAUGGAACAGAUCACCAAGGGCUACAGCACCCCGCUCUGUGACAGUCUGGUGUUUAGGAAGGUGCGCUCGUUGUUGGGGGGUCACAUGCGGGUGCUGUUGUCAGGCGGAGCGCCCCUAUCCGCUGCCACCCAGCGCUUCAUGAACAUCUGCCUCUGCUGUCCCGUGGGCCAAGGCUACGGCCUCACCGAGACCUGUGGCGCUGGCACCAUCAGCGAGAUGUGGGACUACAGCACAGGCCGGGUCGGAGCUCCUCUGGUCUGCUCCGAGAUCACCCUCAAGGACUGGGAGGAGGGCGGUUACUACAGCACAGACAAGCCACACCCAAGAGGGGAGAUUGUAAUCGGCGGGCCCAACGUGACUAUGGGUUACUACAAGAACGAGGUGAAGAACCGUGAGGACUUCUUUGUGGACAGCAACGGCCAGCGCUGGUUCUGUACGGGAGACAUCGGGGAGUUUCACCCAGAUGGGUGCCUCAAGAUUAUCGACCGUAAGAAGGACCUGGUGAAGCUCCAGGCUGGGGAGUAUGUGUCUCUGGGGAAGGUGGAGGCCAUGCUGAAGAACUGCCCUUUCGUAGACAACAUCUGCGCCUACGCAAACAGUGACCAGUCGUACGUGAUUGGCUUUGUGGUGCCCAAUCAGAAGCAGUUGAUGGUGCUGGCGGAGCAGAGAGGGUUACGGGGCAGCUGGGAGGAGAUCUGUAACAACCCCGACAUGGAGAGAGACGUCCUCCGCAUCAUCACAGAGGCCGCUCUGUCAGCCAAACUGGAGCGCUUUGAGAUCCCUAAGAAGAUCCGUCUGAGUGCAGAGCCCUGGACCCCAGAGACUGGCCUGGUGACAGACGCAUUCAAACUCAAACGCAAGGCACUCAAAUCACACUAUCAGGACGACAUCGAGAGAAUGUACGGCGGCAAGUAACACACACACACAGACAGACAUACGCAAGGAAUCUAACAAACACUAUGUAGAUGACAUGAAAACUGGAGAGAAUGUACAGCGGCAAGUUACACACAAACAAACACAGACAUAGACCCAUCCCCCCAAUCUAGAC